GCCAGCUUUCCUCGGCUGCUCUCGGUCUUCCUGGUUCUGCGGGCUGGAGGCGUUUUUCUUUUUUUUUUUUUUUUGUCUGUCUCUAAACACAACAAAGACUUCAGCUGGAAGAGAUUUUCCUCCAGAAAUGCGUCUUUAAUCUGAACUUUGUGUCUGAAAUGGCGUCAAAGUGUUAAAUCCGAUGUGUGGAGACUUCGGGCAGAAACGAGCAGCGACCUCCUUCCUCCAUUCAGUCCGGCUGUCACUUCAAACCGUCCAACAUGCGACGGCAGCUCACUUUUAUGACCGUUUUUAUCGUUUUAACGGAGGCAGCCGUCUCUCCGCCCGCAGACACAGCGGGACAGGACUUCACCUCUCUCAGGUCGAUGCUGGAUGACUUCGACGUCCUUCCUCUCGCCAGCCUGCAGACUCACUCCGUCCGCCGCCGCGACGUCCAAACUCAAACUCACGUGGAGAAACUGCUCAGCUUCAACGCCCUGCAGAGGCAGUUCAGACUGUACCUGAGGACCAACGACGAGCUCUUCACUGAGGACUUCAGAGCCGUCGUCGUGGACGAGGACGGCCGAGAGCGAAGCUACCCGGUCAACAGACACAACUACUUCACCGGACACGUCAUCGGGGAGGAAAACUCUCGUGUUCAGGCUCACAUAGAUGACCACGAGUUCUCAGCUCGCAUCCUGACUGAUGAGGCCGAGUACAACGUUGAGCCUCUGUGGAGGUUCACGUCGGCGCCCCCUGAUGGUCGUCUCCUGAUCUACCGCUCGGAGGACAUCAGGAACAUCAGCCGCCUGCAGCAGCCUUCAGUCUGCGGCUACGUGACCUCGGACCCCAACCAGCUCCUCCCCGACAGCGUCAGAGCAGUCAUGCUGGCCGAGCAGGAGGAAGAAGAGUCUGUGUUCAGGGAGAAACGUCAGGUCCAUGACCACAAGAAGAACACCUGUCCUCUGCUGCUGGUGGCCGACCAUCGCUUCUUCAAACACAUGGGCCGGGAGGAGGAGAGCACCACCCUCAACUACCUGAUCGAACUGAUCGACCGCGUGGACGACAUCUACAGAAACACGUCGUGGGAUGAUGAGUUCAGCGGUUACGGCGUUCAGAUCCAGCAGAUCAUCAUAGAGAAGAGUCCGACUCCUGUUGCUCCAGGAAAAAGUCACUUCAACAUGAGAGGAAGCCCUUUGAAGGACCGAGAUGUCUGGGAUGUCAAGAAGCUGCUGGAGCAGUUCAGCGUGGACAUCGCUGAGAAGGCCUCCAACGUCUGCCUGGCUCACCUCUUCACCUACCAGGACUUUGAUGAAGGCACUCUGGGUCUGGCCUACGUCGCUCCGUCCAAACCCGACAUCCCCGGAGGCCUCUGCUCCAAAGCUUGUCCUUCGUCUACAAACGAGCACGGAGCGAUCUACCUCAACACAGGCCUCACCAGUACCAAGAACUACGGGAAGACCAUCCUGACUAAGGAAGCAGACCUGGUGACGACUCAUGAGCUCGGCCAUAACUUCGGAGCAGAGCACGAUCCAGACAACAUCCCGUACUGCGCCCCCCGAGAGGACCAGGGCGGGAAAUACGUCAUGUAUCCCAUCGCCGUGAGCGGAGACCACGUCAACAACAAGCUCUUCUCCAACUGCAGUAAGCGCUCCAUAGUGAAGCGUCUGAGGACGAAGGCUCCGUCCUGCUUCAAAGAGAGAAACAUCAAUGUGUGCGGGAACUCUCGGGUGGAGCAGGGGGAGGAGUGCGACCCGGGACUGCUGCACAUCAACUCAGACCGAUGCUGCACCGACCACUGCAGGCUGAGAGUCGGAGCUCAGUGCAGUGACAGGAACAGUGCGUGCUGCAAGAACUGCAGGUUUGAGUCUGAAGGUGAAGUCUGUCAGGAGCCCAUAGACGCCACCUGUAAAGGACACUCCUACUGCACAGGAAACAGCAGCGAAUGUCCCCCUCCGGAAAACGCUCCCGAUAAAACGGUGUGUUUGGACAACGGAGAGUGUCUGAACGGAGAGUGCAUUCCGUUCUGUCAGGCCAUCUUAAAUCUGCAGCCCUGCGCCUGCAACGAAACCAACUCAUCGUGUAAAGUGUGCUGUCGGAGCAGCAGCGGCGUCUGCGCCCCCUACCAGGACCAGACGGGCAGCUUCCUGUACCUGCGAAAAGGAAAACCCUGCACCGUGGGCUUCUGUGACGGAGCGGGGAAGUGCAUGAAGCAGGUACAGGAUGUGGUGGAACGUCUGUGGGACUUCAUCGACAAGCUGGACAUCAACACGUUUGGGAAGUUCCUGGCCGACAACAUCGUGGGCUCUGUGGUGGCGUUCUCUCUGCUCUUCUGGGUUCCUUUCAGCAUCCUGGUGCACUGUGUGGACAAGAAGCUGGAUAAACAAUAUGAACAGACCACCAAGUCUCUCUUCUUCCCCAGCAAUGCCGAGCUCCUCAGCAGCCUGGAUUCGGCACCUGUUCGGAUCUUCAAACCUCCCACCUUCCCCACUGCUCCCAUGCGCUUCCAGCCCAGCGGCCCCCAGCAGACCAGCACUCCUCCGGUCCCCAGCGCUGGCCCUACCCCCCCACCUCUGGACAGCCCCCGCAUGGCCACCAUCCACGAGGACCCCAGCCUCGACUCCCACCUGGACGAGGAGGCCCUGGAGGAGGCGUUCGUGCGGCCGGUGGGGGCAGCCCGGCGCUCCUUUGAGGACCUGACGGAGAAAAGUGUGUCAAGUCGCAGCGAGAAGGCGAAGAUGUUCAGGCUGCAGAGACAACAUCAGAUCGACAGCAAAGAGACGCAGUGCUGAGAUUCUAAACGCUGCUGCACCUUCUUCCCUUUUUCAGUGUAGCUCUGGUCCCGCGUUAACAGCUGCUGCCAAACGUGUUUCUGUGGAAACAAAGAUCCAGCCAUGAGAUAAAAUCAGGUUUAGUUCAAGUCAGAAAAAACGUGCUGAGGUCAAACCCCAUCCCUCCUCAGCUUGAGUCCACUUCAGGAUCCGUCCUCUUAACACUUGAGACGAUUCAGGUCAAACCAUGUGUCUCAAGUCUGUUGCACCUCAGUACCGACACGUGUCUGUAGCAGCGACAAUCAGCCAAUCCCAUCAGAUGUUUUCUCACUUUUACUCAGGCAGUAGACUUUUAUUCAAAUAAGGUCAGACUCCUGCUUCUCUCAGAUUUUAGAAAUGAUCUAAAAACGUCAAAAACUUCCUCCACUUUGAUCCAGACUCGUACAUCUCAACACACUCGUGUUAGAUUCCUAGUAUUCCAUAUUAAUGCCAAUACCUGGGCAGCCACGUUAGUGUUAGUUCAUGAACAUCCCACAUUCAUUUUUGUUCCUGAACUUUAAAAGUCGUUGUUGUUGUUGUCAGCUUCUCCAAAGCUGCAGAAGCAUCUCAGGCUUCGUUCCAAAUCACAUACUUUGUCUCUUUCCUUUCAGUGCGUCCUACAGCUGCCCUUACAAACUAUAAACUGCUGCACGCCGUGUGCAUACAAUCGCAACAGGCUACUUUGUCAUAAUAUUGCGCCUUCCUCGUACGUCUGUUGCAGUUUAAAAUACAACAUGAGUUGUCAUCUGUCUGCUUUCAGUGGCUGAAACUAGUUUACACUCGCACAAGACUCUGUGACGUGACGUAACUGUGCAGAGGAUUGUGGGUCAGAACGGCCUGUAAAACAUGCUGUCUUACAAAAUCCGACCGGAUGUGGGACGUCCUGGUAUUUUGGGCAUACUUACUUUGACAUAAUGUGUAUGGGAACAUACUAAAUCUUAUUUUGGCAUCCCGUACAAUAAGGUAACUUAUAUUGGGGGUUCCUGUGUGACAGCAGUGAAGGUGUUUACAGUUUGUGAGUCAGCUGAGCAGCAUGAAGAGCAGGUUUACCAGCAGCCUGUUCUCUGGCUCGACUUUCAUCACUGCUGCUCAAAUGUAAACAUCUCAUCCACGUUUAUUGCGACAGAACUCUGUCUUCUGUGUUUUAUUUGAAGCUUUAGAUAUUUGCUUCCAGUAGUCACAGAUGUAAAAGGUGCGUAGAGCUGCAGCAAUUUGUCAACAGAACAUCCAACGCUUCACCUUCUCAAGUGAAUGUUUUACUUUUUACUUGGGAUUCAUCAAUCGCGAUCAUUGGCAGUAAAAUCUUUUUCACCAGCGAAACUCUUACGAGUAAAGUGCUGCAACGUCAGAUGUCUCAGUGGGACUUGAACCCCAACAGUGUUAGUGCCUCGCUCAACCCGCUGAGCCACAUAGUUUCUAUAUGUAUUGCACAAAACAUUUUAUAUCCCUGUGAAGCCCGGUGCUCUGCUUUCUGUAUUUCAUGUCUAUUUCCACCAAUCUCAGUGAAAAUUAACUGGCAAUGUUCUAAACAUUUACAGUUUUUAAGAAAAAAUAUCCUAAAAUUUAUCAGUUUGAGGAUUUGAAAAGUGAGAAUUUGAUUCUUUUUUUGGUCCUAAACUGAAUAUUUUUGGUCUCCUAAUGUUUUAUAAUAGAUUUUCAUUUUUUUCUAAACCAUUAGCAGCCAUAUUUUAUACAGAAUUUAUAAAACAAGAAGUUUGACAAUCUCAUUGUCCAAAAGUGUGUCUGAAAAAUUCUGCAAAAACAGCAAACAAAACAGGAUCAUAAUGUUGACGUAUCCAUGGAUCGUUUUUGUCUGCAGAAAAAUGACUUGAUUUGUUUUUCAGACUCAUAAUAAACCAACAUCUGUCUCACUUCCAAGUCUGACUGGACACAAAAGAAGCUAUAAACCAAACUUCAGUCAAAAAAAUGGCAUUUUUACAGCUGUGCAUUUAUUUUUAGUUAUGAUAAAAUCUGUUUGUAUUGUAUCAAGUGUCACAUUUUUUACGUUUUCUUGUUUGAACUGAGAACCAGGCUGCUGUUAAAGUCUUUAUUUUUUAAAAUGACAAUCAGUCAAUGUGCCUUCUCUUCUUCUGUGGUAUUCAGAUGCACUGCAGUCAGUAUUUUUAACGUUGUGUUCUUCUAUGCAGAUGAUGUUUUUGUGUUUAACAUGUUUACCUUCAGUCACACUGUGAUGUCUGUUUUUUGGAUGAGAAAUAAAAGU